AUGCCUCUAGCCAUUUGUUUGCAGCACCGAGUAGAAUCCGAAGAAAAGGCCGAAAAGCUUAGAGGUCUCCUGAACGAUGUCGCAAGGGUUACAUUUUUGAAUGAGCCGGACAACCGAGCAUAUUGCUGGUUUAAAAAGUCUUCUCACAGCACACUGGAAGGAUCCUGGAUCGGUGGCUUCGAACUGUACAAUAAUGAAGCAGCGUUGACGACUGUUCACAGAAACAGCUCAGAGUAUCAAGCAAUGCGAAAAGCAUCUGCAGAGGAACAGCUGUGGGGCAAUAUCUACCCGGAGAUCAUCUUCCUAGAGCCAUUGGAUGAUGACUCUGGCUUUGUGCUGAAUAAAGAAGACUCUAGGUCCUCAUUGUUCUUCGAGGAAUCUCGGUCGGCCUUUGUUGUGAUCACCAGGUUCCAAGUCGAAGACAAUUAUCACAGAGAUCUACUACAUCAAACACUUUCUGACUUGAGUGGAAGCCUCCGCUUGAAACACGAUGUCGUCUCAUAUCUUCCACUGGUUCGUCAAGACGGGGAAAAAAGCCUUACGGUGACUGUCUUCGAGCAGUACAGAUCUGAAGAAGCCUACCAUUCCCUCACAGGGAAUCUGCAGCCGCUAAAGUCUGCACUCGAAAGUCCCAAGUGGAAGGUGGAUAUCACAACCUGGAGCGAUGGCAUAGGACAUAUCAGGGGAACGGAACCAUCAAAGCCACCAAAGGGUCUGCAAUCAGAAGCCAAGCCAGCUUCUUCAGCCAGGGCUUAG